AUGGCGGAGCCUACAGAUAGACGGAUGCAGCAUGUCGCCAUAGUUGGGGGCGGCGCCGCAGGUAUGGCUUGCGCAGCGACAUUAGCCAAUCAUCCAGAUAGAUAUAAAGUGACGAUUCUCGAGAGAAACGAAGUGCUAGGUGGGCAAGCCACGUCAAUACCCCUUGAUGAGCGCAAAUAUGGUGCAAGUUGGAUGAAUAAUGGUGUGCAGGGUGGAUCAAAGAUAUUCAAACAUACGUUCAACUUCUUCAAUGAGCAAGGGUAUCCACCUGAAGAAGUAAAACUACAAGUCUCGUUUGGUAAAGGUCAAGAUGGGUUCUGGACAAACGUGUUCCCAAGUACACUCGUCCAGCGAUACGCCUCAGAUAUUCGGCGAUUCGGGCUAUUCCUCAAGGUCAUUAAAUGGGCACUUCCAAUCAUUGGAAUUAUUCCCAUCUCGUUCAUGCUGCGAAUAUUCUUCUUCAAAAGGGACUUUGGCGACAAAAUGGUGUAUCCACUGAUUGCUCUGUUUUUGGGCACCGGGAAUCAGACUGCAAACGUUCCAUGUGGUAUUGUUGAGCGACUAUUUGAUGACCCAAACAUGAAACUCUGGGAUUACGACAGAAAUACAUUGCUUCCAAAUUUGCCCACAAUGUAUACCUUUAACAACCUAGGCCGAUUUUACAAAACAUGGGGUGAAUACCUAGACGGCCGAGGCGUCAAUAUUCGAACGCGAGCUGAAGUAUGUACGGUUCUGUCCAGGUCAAAAUAUGGAAUCAAGCUCCGUAUCAAAGACCUUCGGGAUGGAGCCACCACAGACGAAGAUUUUGAUGACCUUGUGCUCUGCACACUGGCAGACGAAAGUCUCAGGAUACUAGGUAAAGAAGCAUCGAGGCGUGAAAGAUUUGUCAUGGGAGGGGCUUCCUUUUAUGACGAUGUAACAGUCACGCACAGCGACAAAGCAUAUUUCGAAAAAUACUAUGAGACCAAGUUCCAGCAGGAGCUUUGUGCAGCCCCAACGACCGAUAUCCAAAGGGAACAGAUUGCCUUUGCAAAUGGAUCGAAGGCUGAGUCGGCAGGCUUUCGGCCAAUGUAUUAUACGCACACGUAUAAUCACAACCCACGUCUGAUCGAGAUGUCCUUCAACUGCAGUAACUACCAGCAUCAACUAGUGAAAGGGCAAGCCAGAGGAGGCGACCAUUUGAAGCCUGUGUACCAAACCAUCUUUCUUGACCAGAAUCAAGAAAGUCUUUGGACAAUACACGAAAUUAACGAGCCGGAAAUUAUCAAGCGCAACCAUUGGCAUCAGCUUGGUCACAAGUGGCAACACUACCUUCGCGUCGUUCCAGGAAUGAUGUUUCUCAAUGGAAGAAACAGAACGCUUUUUGCGGGAUCGUGGACCCUUGUUGUGAGUAACCUAUGGGCUUCCUCAGUGCCUGCCUUCCCCAAGGACUGA